CUCCAUUGCUAACCACCCAACGCACCCAGAAGAAGCCCCUCUCUCGCUAACUUGCUCUUAGUACCAUUUCUGCUCUUACGUACGUGCAGCUAGCUAGCUCUCGAUCCAUCUCAGCAGGGAGUACACUAGCUAGUAAACAAUGGCUGCGCAGGGAAGAGGCAGUGCUAAGAACAUGGCCAUUGUUGCAGUCCUCGGCAUGGUGGUUGUGCUGGUGAGCGCCGGCAUGGCAGAGUCGGCGGUGUACAACGUGGGCGACAAUGGCGGCUGGACCUUCAACGCCAACUCCUGGCCCGCCGGCAAGCGCUUCAAGGCCGGCGACGUCCUGGUGUUCAAGUACGACUCGACGGCGCACGACGUGACGGCGGUGAGCGCGGCGGCGUACAAGGCGUGCGCCAAGCCGGCGCGCGCCGCCAAGGUCUACAAGUCGGGCUCCGACCGCGUCACGCUGGCACGCGGCACAAACUACUUCAUCUGCGGCGUGCCGGGACACUGCCAGGCCGGAAUGAAGAUCGCCGUCACCGCCGCGUGAUCUCCCAUCCUCAUCCUCAUCAACGUGUCUGCAUCAUCAUAUAUCGUAUGCUAACAAUUAAAAUAAAAGGGCUUGAUUAAUUCGACCGAGUAUAUGCAAUAUAUGCUCGAUUGAUCAGUGUGUUUUUACCCAUUUGAUUUUUAUUUUGAAUUAAUGUCGUGUGGUAUGAUCAAAUUAGUGAGGGGGCUUGAUUUGUACCGAUCGAUGUAUACGUGAAUAAAAUGGCAUGCUUGGAUGCAUUCCAGUGAUUGACAAUUGUUGAGU